AUGGAAGAAGAAGUCGCAGCCCUCGUCAUUGACAAUGGUUCCGGAAUGUGCAAGGCCGGUUUCGCUGGUGAUGAUGCUCCGCGUGCCGUUUUCCCGUCCAUUGUUGGUCGUCCUCGUCACCAUGGUAUCAUGAUUGGUAUGGGUCAGAAGGACUCAUAUGUUGGAGAUGAGGCACAGUCCAAGCGUGGUAUCCUCACCCUGAGAUACCCAAUUGAGCACGGUGUUGUCACCAACUGGGAUGACAUGGAGAAGAUCUGGCAUCACACUUUCUACAAUGAGCUUCGUGUGGCUCCAGAAGAGCACCCAGUUCUCCUCACUGAGGCUCCUAUCAACCCGAAGUCCAACAGAGAGAAGAUGACUCAGAUCGUUUUCGAGACAUUCAACGCCCCCGCCUUUUACGUCUCCAUCCAAGCCGUUCUCUCCCUUUACGCUUCCGGUCGUACCACUGGUAUCGUGCUUGAUUCCGGUGAUGGAGUUACCCACGUCGUCCCAAUUUACGAAGGUUUCUCUCUUCCUCACGCCAUUGCUCGUGUUGAUAUGGCUGGUCGUGAUUUGACCGACUACCUCAUGAAGAUCUUGGCUGAACGCGGUUACACUUUCUCCACCACUGCCGAGCGAGAAAUCGUCCGUGACAUCAAGGAGAAGCUCUGUUACGUUGCUCUUGACUUUGAGCAAGAAAUCCAGACUGCCAGCCAGUCUUCCAGCUUGGAGAAGUCAUAUGAGCUUCCUGAUGGACAGGUCAUCACUAUUGGUAACGAGCGUUUCCGUGCUCCUGAAGCGCUGUUCCAGCCAUCUGUCUUGGGUCUUGAGAGCGGUGGUAUCCACGUCACAACCUUCAACUCCAUCAUGAAGUGUGAUGUCGAUGUCCGUAAGGAUCUGUAUGGUAACAUUGUCAUGUCUGGUGGAACCACCAUGUACCCAGGUAUCUCCGACCGUAUGCAAAAGGAAAUCACCGCCCUUGCACCAUCAUCCAUGAAGGUCAAGAUCAUUGCACCACCCGAGCGAAAGUACUCCGUCUGGAUCGGUGGUUCCAUUCUCGCAUCCCUCUCUACCUUCCAGCAAAUGUGGAUCUCAAAGCAAGAGUACGACGAGAGUGGACCUUCCAUCGUCCACCGCAAGUGCUUCUAA